AAUGUAGAAAACAUUUCUACUGACGUUAGUGGGUGUGCGAAGAAUUGUGAAAGACAACGGUGCACUUAACAGACUUGGUAGUUUGGGUAGCGUAUAGGGAGGGUGGGGAGUGAGCAUGCUCUGUUUGUGCUGACAUUGUACACCAGCUCAGCUCCUCUCUCACCAACACACCCUGCAGUGACACCUACCGCACUCCAGGAAAGGAAGAGCAUGGAAGUCAGGCAGACUUUGGGAAUUUCCCUGAUCCUACAAACUACAACAUCUCUUUCUUAUCCGGGGCGCCACAAGACCAGAGCUGUUUUCCAAUCUCUCUACAAACCAGCAUGUGUUCACUUUUUGGAGUGUGUUUUUCCAAACCAAAGGAUAAAGGAUAUACCCUUUUUAAAGACUGCAGUGAUUCAAACUCAAUAGUACAUUGUUUGAUAAAUGGAUGCUGGGAAAGGGAAAAGUUUGGUGUUUGAAGGCAAGCGUCAGUGAUUUGUUGUUUAACCCCAGAUGCUUGUUUCAAAGACCUAUCAGCCGCUGUUGACUUCAUUUGGAGCGCAAGUUGUGACAGAAAGCCAUCCGUGAUAUUGUUUUACUGUUGUGUCUUUUCUUAACCAGUGAUAUGCUUUGGCCUGAUUUGAUGGAUAAAAGGAUGCCAUUUGCUGACUUCAGAACAUGGAAGUGAGAUCAAUUGUGUUUGUUUCAACACCAUCUCUUCCACUUUUGAGUGGGAGCAGCCAGCUGUCUGUCGCAGCUUCUUGUGGAUCCUAAUGCAUGCUUCCUUAAUGGGGAAGCCAGUAGAGUGAAAUACGAUCCUCCGGCGUUGUGGUGUGUUUAGGGCAACUGUAGCAAUUGUCAACAUCAGUGAGGGGUUUCCAUGGAGAAAGUGAGAAGUGACAGGGUACUCAAAUGUUUUACCGCAACUUCUUUCGUCCAGGGGAACUCUAAGUUGAGUUGCAUACCACUCCAUAUUCCCACUUGGACCACCUUGUUCAGACUGUGUCAGUGUGUGGACACAAAGAACAGGAAAAGGCCUAAAGAGGUCCCCACAUUUCAAGAGAAGACGAAAGCAUUAUUUGGAAAUCUUAUGGACGAAGAAAUGAGUCGCCAGACUGCCACCGCGCUGCCCACAGGAACCUCCAAGUGCCCCGCCUCCCAGCGCGUGCCCACCCUGUCGGGGACCACUGCCUCCAACAGUGACCUGGCCAGCCUGUUUGAGUGCCCAGUGUGCUUCGACUAUGUCCUACCCCCUAUCCUGCAGUGCCAGUCGGGACACCUGGUAUGCUCCAACUGUCGGCCCAAACUCACCUGCUGCCCCACGUGCCGAGGGCCGCUGGGCUCCAUCAGGAAUCUGGCCAUGGAGAAGGUGGCAAACUCUGUCCUCUUCCCCUGCAAAUACGCCUCAUCAGGCUGCGAAGUCACGCUGCCGCACACGGACAAGACGGAGCACGAGGAGCUGUGCGAGUUUCGACCAUACUCGUGCCCGUGCCCCGGCGCCUCCUGCAAGUGGCAGGGCUCUCUGGAUGCCGUCAUGCCUCACUUGAUGCAUCAGCACAAGUCUAUCACCACACUACAGGGGGAGGACAUUGUGUUUUUGGCCACAGACAUAAACCUGCCAGGAGCAGUGGACUGGGUCAUGAUGCAGUCCUGCUUCGGCUUCCACUUCAUGCUGGUGCUGGAGAAGCAGGAGAAGUACGACGGCCACCAACAGUUCUUUGCCAUUGUGCAGCUCAUUGGGACUCGCAAGCAGGCGGAAAACUUUGCGUACCGGCUGGAGCUGAACGGCCACAGGCGCCGCCUGACCUGGGAGGCCACGCCGCGUUCCAUCCACGAGGGCAUCGCCACCGCCAUCAUGAACAGCGACUGUCUGGUGUUCGACACGUCCAUUGCACAGCUCUUUGCCGAGAACGGCAACCUGGGCAUCAACGUGACCAUCUCCAUGUGCUAAGAACUCACCAGAAAAAGUGGGGGGACAUGAAGUUCCAUAUGGUUUGGGGGCAUUUUGAGGGGGUCAGAUCUCUCUCUUUCUCUCACUCUCUGUGCUGCACCCCUUGAAGACACUAUCCAGUUGGACUGUCUUGUCAGGCAGCCCUGAAGGCCCAGGGGGUGUGUGGGACGUAUGGAUGGAUGGGCAUGAUGGGCAUAUAACUGUAGAGAUGGCCGUAGCCUUAUAAACACAACACAAAGUUGUAUGUGAGAUUCACACACGCAAUCUCACCUUAUCGUUGUAAAGACGGACUUACAAAAAGCUCUCCUUGUCUGUCUGUCGGUGUCUUCUCCUUCCUGUUACCGUUUGUCUCCCCCCGUCGGGCAUCUCCACACACUACGCGAUCGCCGCUCGAUUUCAACAUGGCCACCUGCUCUGUGCGAGGCGGUUAGCUCGCUAUCUAGUCUCAUUGGAACGGACCGCCUAGCCACACCUGUAGUGCAGCUGCAGGUGAUGGACGAGGCAACCGGACCUGCUCAACUUAGGACUGUGUCCUGCGUGAUGGAAGUUAUGUAGCUCCCAGGACGACGGGGCGCUUCAUCGCUAUUACACCACUCUCAUGACUCUUGGCUUGCCCCUUCCUUCCUAGAUUUGCCAGUGCAAGUGAUCACAACGGCUGAAUGCUCACAGACACCUGUGUGUGUGUGUGUGUGUGUGUGUGUGUGUGUGUGUGUGUGUGUGAGUGAGAGAGAGUGGGUGGACACGCAUAACUAAGAAACAGAAUGGGGGGGUAGUAACAGCAUUUCUGUUGAGUCAACUUUGUGGGAUUAAGUUGGUUUUUCUAUGGCGUACGCAUGCGUAUGAGCGAAAGAACGGUGAACAAUCUGCCUGCUUACCUCCUCCAUCUCUCUCUCUCUCUCUCUCUCUCUCUCUCUCUCUCUCUCUCACCCUCUCUCUCUCUCUCUCUCACCCUCUCACCU